GUUUCACUUUGCUAAAACCGCUGAAAAGAUAUCUACCCUUGAUUUGUCAAAACAAAUUGAUAUUUCACUCCAUAAUGGAUUCAGAUGGGUUGCCUCUUGUUGGACCUGGUGUAGAUUAUACAAAGGUGGAAGCUAUUCAGCAGAAGAGAAUUGUUGCAUUUUUAAACCACUUUGUUACACAUACAGCUAAAUUUCUUAACAGAUUUUCUUCUGUGUGUGAAGAAAAAUUAGAACAUAUGUCAAACAGAAUUCAGGAAUUAGAAGUAUCAAUGAAUUUAUUAGAGGCUAAGCUUUCAUCUGUUCCUGGUUUAGAAAAUGUAACAGCACCUUCCAGUGCUUCUAGUGGAACAACUACAUCACAAGCAUCAGGAGGACCUCCACCUCCAGUAGACACACCUGUGGCUACUGCCACUCCUGCAGCCACUGCCACACCAGCAGGUCAACCACCACCUCCAGAUGAAGCAGCGGCACCACCACCACCAGAAUCAACAAACCCAGUAUCAAAAGAUCCAAGAUAUAUGAAGUUCUUCAAAAUGUUACACUUUGGUGUCCCACCUACUGCCAUUAAAUUGAAGAUGAAAGAUGAAGGACUAGAUCCAGAAUUAUUAGACACACCAGAUGCUCCUGCACCUGCUGGAGGUGCUCCAUCAGAGGAUAGUAAUAGUGAAAGUGACCAGGAGGAUGAUGAGGAGGAGGAGGAUGAGGAAGAUUGGGAAUAGAUUACAGGAUCAUGUGAUCUUAAGUGGACAUGUGCAAUAUAGACUGUUGAUUAAUGAAUUGUUGUAUUGUUGGCAAAUCAAUAACAUUCCUGUGAUUUUUUACAAAUAAAUAUAUUUUUUUUAA